AAUCGAUUAAUAAAUCACUAAUAAAUCGACUAAUAAAUCGAUUUGUUUAAGUUAAUUGGAAUAAAUUGGAAAAAUGCCGAGCAGUAAGACAAGGGUAGCAAUCGUCGGAGGUGGGGUUGCUGGACUCGUCGUGGCCAGACACAUCUCAUCCAGACCACAGGAGUUCGAUCUGACUCUGUUCGAACAAACCGAUGGCGUUGGUGGCACCUGGGUCUACACCGACGCCACCGAGCUCGACAAAAAUGGGCUCGAGGUGCACAGCAGCAUGUACAAAAAUUUGCGAACGAAUUUACCAAAAGAGAUCAUGCAGAUACCAGAUUUCCCGUUUCGGGAGGAGGAUGGGCCUUCGUUUGUCCACCAUAGUGUUAUCAGGCAGUAUUUAGAGGACUACACGCAGCAUUUCAAUCUUUAUCCUCACAUAAAGUUCAACACUCUGGUGACACGCGUUGAGCCAUCGACGUCACUGGGCGGUCAGACAAUCUACAUGAUCACUUAUGAGGAUCUUAUCAGCAAAGUUCAAUACACCAAGACCUUUGACGUUGUCGUAUUAUGCAAUGGGCAUUACACCGUUGGUGCUGUACCUAGGAUCAAGGGGAGUGAUACAUUUCCCGGGAAUUGUAUUCACAGCCAUCAGUACAGAAUUCCGGAGAAAUAUGCCGGAAGAAAAGUCUGCAUACUUGGGGCCUCGUGGUCGGGGAUCGACAUCGCUAUUGAGGUCUCCAAACACGCGAGUAAGAUCUACUUGAGCCACAACCAAGAGAGUUUGGAUGCAGUGAUGCCGGCCAAUGUCGAGCAGAGGCCAGGGAUUGCCUCGAUCGACGGUAACACCUUCAUUUUCAACGAUGGAACGACCGCGGAUGUCGAUGACUUCAUCUACUGCACUGGCUACAAAUUCACGUACCCAUUCCUGUCCGACAAAAUCGAACUUCUGACUGAGGAGAAUCACGUGGAGCCCAUCUACAAGCACCUGAUCCACACAGAAAUGCCGAAUUUAUUCUUCAUGGGACUCCCCGGAAUCGUCAUUCCCUUCCCAAUGUUCCAUAUUCAGGCCCAGUACAUCCUGAAGAUCCUGCAGGGUCAUCUCAAACUCCCCUCGCCAGAGGAAAUGCGGAUGGAUUUCAUGCGGGAGAAACAGAUGCUCUUGGAUCAAGGAAUUCCAGUUCGACAUAUCAAUAAAAUGAAAGAUCGACAAUGGUCAUACUACGACGAGAUAGCAACAGCAGCGAACGUCCCAUCGUUUCCUCCAGUAGUUAAAAAAAUCUACGACCACGCGAAUCAGAUGCGAGAGCUGAACUUCACGACGUACAAGAACUAUCAAUACAAAAUCCUCGAUAAGGAAAACUUCAGUUUCUGUUACUGUAAAAUUUGUUAGGGUCUAACCCGCAAUGAUAACGAAAUAAUUAUUGCAAUAAUCGCUAGUUGUAAUUCUUGACUAAUA